GAAUGACUCAAGCCAAAAUCAUGUUUUUAUCCAGGUUUAACAUUCGAACUGGACCCAGUCAGAAUCAUUAAUUUAAAUUUGUAGAAAUAGCACCUAAUGUUUUGCGAGGGUGAAUAUCUCGGUUGCCCACGAGGCGUUGACGAUUUAAGAAGCAUCAACGACAGGUUAAACGCCAGAGUGAUAGAUCAGCUGAACGAAAGUCAGGAGUUGGUGAUGAUAAACAGUUUCGCGAGGGAAACAAACGAGUACCAAUUCAAAAAUUGCUUACAAGAAAGAAUAUCCGACAUAUCAUCCUGGAGGUGGGUUUUCGAAGAUUUGUCUAAACGUAUUGAAGAAGCUAUAGAAGCCCUCAAAUAUGAGCAUAAUGCUCUGAGGGUGGUCGUGGAGAGAUUAACUAAUGAGAUAGAAGACCGGUCGAGAGAUGCCAGCAAGCCAGGGGCCCUGUGCCCGAUGCAAGACUCCGUGGAAAAAAAUAUACUUGAGGAAUACAAUUUCUUACGAGAGGAGAAGAAGAAUUUUGAAAAAAUCAUAGCUGAACUCGAUAAGCAGAUGAAAUGUCUCGAAAGGACUAAAAAAAGAAUACAGGAAGACAUAUUAAAGAAACAAGAGGCAAUAACAGUAGAAAAUUCUUGUGCGAAUGUAGACUUCAGCUCUGUCUUAAGAAAUAGUGGAGACGGCAAAAAGAAACGUAAACGAUUCUCGUCUCUCGCUCGGUGGGAAAACAGAUGUGUCUCACUUAAAAGACUCGGUCUCCAAGCCCUUACCAAUGCGGUUGUUACGAGACAGCAGGUAAGAGGUGCAAGGGUUCACCUAUCGAUUACUGCUCAAUCUCAUGCAUCUAAGGUGGACGCAGCAAUCAGAAGAAGACUCCAUGCGAACACCUCAAAGUUAGAAGAACUAUGCUGGCAAAGAGAAGAGGCGAUCAAAGACAUGAACUCCUUAAACGAAGAGCUAAUCAUGACAGAGAAGAGCCUCGUAGAAACCAUGGAACAAGAGCGACUCGUCGCAGCGAGACUUGCAGACAGGAAGCUCAGACCUCCGGGAGAACUAACCAAGGAUGAUGUGGACCGGAAACUGAAGGACGAACUGGGGAGGUUGAGACACUUUAUGAAACACUUAAGGAGUAACCUUGAUAGGAUAAGCACUUUACAGAACCACUUGAGUGACUCGGUUGCUCGUAUGGAUUGCUAUGCUGAAGACAUCUCUCUAGUUGUGCGCUUAGACCAAGAUAGAAUGAAUCUACGUCUGGGUGAAGAAGUCAAGUGCGAAUCUCAAACUUCCACUGCCACCGCUCCAUCUUCAUACAGACGCCGUGAUUCACCACAUUCAAUACCGGAAGUUUCCCUGACGGCCAUUAUGGAAGAGGACGAAAACGACUACCCGUUUAAUGAUUGAACAAGGAUCUAAUCGUGUAACUUUUUGCCUUCCCCUUCGCACGAAACAGUCUUUUGAAGAAUCAAUGGUAAGCGUAAAGGGAGAGAGCUAGGGGGGGGGGGGGCACAUAAUGGGGCAAUAAAAUACAAAAUACCAUAGCCCUACCUAAAACGGGGAGGCAGACUGCCCGCCCCUGCUACUGCCCUAUCUUUACUUACCGCUGCCCCAUUUUAAAUAGAAGUCUUGCUACGGCCCUGGCAGCGUGAGCUACAACGCAUCGAACGAUCGACCAGCUAGUUACCGUGUGAAUGCCGCUUGAAAAAUCUUUAAUAAAUAGUCUUAUGUCCACAGACCAUCUGUUUCGAGAAUGGAUUCAAAGCGACUAAAUUAUAACACAAACAUCUGAACUCAGAGAGGUCAACUAGUAUCGUUUAAUUUGUUUCUUUUGCUUUCCUUGUUCUUAUUGUAACUUUGGCAAGUAUUAAUCUUCAUUGAACGUCUUUGAAUGGCAGCAGAUUGUCUCAAAUCAAUCAAUAUUUUAUAUCAAAACAAAUGAUAUUAAUAGUUCGUUAGUAAUAAUUAAUUUGUCUUUUAAAAGGUUACAAUAAAUAUUUCAUUGAAAUAAGUAUGUAUUGUAUCCUCUUUCUUCCUUAUAAUUACCCACACCUAUAGGAUCUGAGAAACAAUUGCACUCGGAAACGCCAAUUUAAUCUUCCGACUUUGAUCCAACGAUAAACUGUCUUUUACAUGCGAUCGAUAGCAUUAUAAUAUUAAGAGACAAGUCACUUAAAAAAGUAUUAAAUUUAAUUACUGUCUGGUAUGCGGGCGUCGUCAGUAUCACAAAAUAAAAAAUUCUUAAGAGGCAUUAAAUUGCCAGACAUUUGAGAAUACUUCAAAAUAGCUAUUUAAAAAAGAUAUUUAUUUUCUGACAACCAGUAAUAUAUUUAUUAGUAAUAACAUAUGAGAAUGCCCGAGAUAUAUUUACAAAAUAAUGGAUUAAACAUAAAAGCGUAUAAUAUUAAAUUAAAAACUAAUCAUAUUUCAUAGUAUUGUUUUUAUUAGUUACAAUUAUUUAAUUAAGAUAUUUAUUUUCUGACAACCAGUAAUAUCUUUAUUAGUAACAAUAUAUGAGAAUAUCCGAGAUCAGAAUACAGUGAAAGAACAAAUUCUUUCUAGUUGCUAACAAAAUAAUGGAGAAAAUCAGUAAUUAAACAUAAAAGUUAUUACUGAAUAAUAUCAUAACUUGAAAAGAAAUCAUCUUUAAUAGUAUUGUUUUUAUUAGUUACUAUUAUUUAAUGAAUAUGUAUACACUUUAAAAUUAUAAUUAUUGAGAAAUUAUAUAAACUUAUUAAAUUUAAUAUCAGUAUUACAAAUUGUCUUUUUACUUUCAAUCAGUUUAAUAAUAAAUCAUUCUCAUGCUUUGCGAGUUCUAUCAAAAAAGUACUAAAUACAAAUCCAGCGCAAAAAAUAAGUAGGGUGUCUGAAAUAGCGACAAUGUGACGAAAAAAAAAUUGAAAAAUGAAAUUGUAAAUGCUGGAUAAUAUGAGUAUGAAACAUACAUCAGCUUAUGACACCCAGUUUUCCAUACAAGAGUUGUUGAUGACUCGGACACAAAAUAUUUGGACAGUGUCCGGAUUCACAUAUAUAUUUCGUUUUAUGUCUUUAGGAGCUAAGUUCCUUAUGGCUCGAUACGAAUUUGACGCGAAAAUAAGUGUAAAAUUUUUUCAUCACGACCGUCACCUGUUUCAUAGCGUAUUGUGUGUAGUUGUGUACUUAUGGAUACCGCGCAUUAUGCCGGUCCGCAGUAGGUCGACUCGAAGCGUAAAAAUCCGCUCAAAUCGCUCGUAUGUAUUUUAUAUGAACUAUCGCAUACUCUGCCGGGGCGCAGCGGCACGGUAAUAUUAUCUAUUACCGUGGCAGCGGGCUGCAUAAUCUGCCGCGGAUUUUGGUUGCGUGCGAUGCGCCCUGCCCCGCUGCGCCCUAACAGUGUGCUAUUGCAAGCAGAUAGAAGUGCAUACAGUUGCAUAGACAUCUGGCAGUACACUGUAAUAGCCAUGACAAAUAUAGCUCUUUGAAAAGAUACGAGCUAUAAAGCUCUUCUAACUGCAUACUUCAAAAGCCUCAGUAGCAGCUUAGUCGUUUAAAUGUGUACACAUCAGACUCCCUCGCUUGACAAAAGAGUUAUACCACAGAAUGAUUAAUAGAAAGUUAAUACCUACUUCCUAUUGUAAUUUAACCUUUUGAAAGUAUAGUUUUCAAAGCACUUUGCUAUUUGUUGUUUUUUUCAACACCUAACUUAAUUAAUUUUAUGUUAUUGAAAUAAACUUAUUUCGAUAGCAAUAAACACAAAAUUUGUAUACAUACGUACAUAGAGCUACUCAAAUCCAAGAGGCAGUGUUUGUAUCUCUUACUGUCAUUCAUACAUACAUCAUUCGAAACACAUAAUGUAUCUAUUGAGUCACUUGAUUCCAAUGAAACAGAUGAGAUGAGAUAAAUGAUAUAUAUACUGAUAUGAAAUUGAAUGAGACUGAACUAGAUAUACAUUGAACUAGUAUGGGUGAGCUAGCUCUUACAACUUGGUCGCGAGCUAUUCAUCUAUAAUGUGUAACAGAAACCUGUCCACGAAGCAUGUUGUUAAGUGUGUGUUGUGCGAUCGUAUAAGAACAUGUGCUUACUAUUGAACUGUGCGAACUAUGUGCUGAAUAAAGAACUGUGAAGAGUGAACUGGCAUUAUAAUUUCAAACCCCAUCCAAAAACAUAAUAAUACGAUAAGCUUGUAUCCCAGUAUUCGGGACUACAUACCAGCUAGAAAAAAUCUACCAUUUCAGGAAUGGGGACCUACAUACUUUAUUGGCCUAUCUUUCGCCUGAACCCGUGCCUGCACAGCUGUCCAGCACCUCUGUUCCUUCACUGGUAUCAUAGCUAAACCUCUCCCUACACUACUAGAGAUGACGAUUUAAGAAGAAUAAUCCUUGCCCUGAGUUUUCGUUUCACAUGUAGAUUUCAGUUUUUAUUUGAUUACGUAUAUGUAAAUUAAUUUCAUCCUUAUACAGAAAUCAGAAAUCAGAAAUCAAUGUAUCUUUAUUCAAAUUGGAUGUAUAGUACAACUCUUUUGAAUCGUCCAAAAAUUUUUUUUUCCCUACCACUCGUUAUGGACAUAUUUUUUAGCUGCGGAGAAAAACGAGCGAAAAAAAACUCCACAACAUUAAAGGUCUAAUGUAACAACAUUUACAAUUCAUUAUGUUGUUACAACGUCAAUACAAUUAUGAUUUAUUUAAUAUAGAAAACCUGUUGGAAUGAUUGGAACAGUUCAAACCCAAGCAUUUUUGUCUGUAAUAUAAUCAGACACUUUGUAAUAAGCUUUUUUAAUCAGUGUUUUUUUUAUAACAUCUUUAAAUUUAUUUAUGGCUAACUCUUGGAUAUUGCUUGGGACUUUAUUGUAUAAGCGAACACAAAGACCUUUAAAUGAAUUAUUAAUUUUGUGAAGCCUAGUAGCAGGUAAAGUUAGUUUAUUUUUGUUUCUUGUAUUAAUUGUGUGAACAUCACUGUUUUUAAGAAACAAAUUAAUAUUUUUUCUUACAAGUAAUAAAUUUUCGUAUAUGUAUUGUGAUGCGACCGUCAUUAUUCCAAAUUCCUUAAACUUAUCUCUUAAUGAUUCUUUAACUUUAAGAUUAUAAAUUGAUCGAAUAGCUCUCUUCUGCAGCACAAAAAUAGUUUGAAUGUCGGCGGCAUUUCCCCACAAUAAAAUUCCGUACGACAUUACACUAUGGAAAUAACUAAAGUACACUAAUCUGGCCGUAUCUACAUCCGUUAACUGGCGUAUCUUCAUUACGGCAUAUGCUGCAGAGCUAAGUCUAUUUGACAAUUUAUCAAUAUGUGGGCCCCAUUGAAGCUUAGAAUCUAAAGUUAUCCCUAAGAAUACUGUGGUGUCUACAAGGCCCACAUUCCUAUCCUUUACAUUCACACUGGUUUUUACCUGUUUUACAUUAGGUAAUACAAAUUUCAUACAUUUCGUUUUUCCUUCAUUAAGUAAUAAAUUGUUAACAUUGAACCAGUGGACUACCUUUGAGAUACAAUUGUUCACGUCGUCAGUAACUUUUUCAUUGCGUUUGAGUUUAAAUAAAAGUGAUGUAUCAUCCGCAAACAAUACUAUCUCAUGGUUAUCUCUUACAUAGUAAGGUAAGUCAUUAAUAUAAAUUAAAAAUAAAAAAGGACCUAGGAUUGAGCCCUGCGGAACACCCAUCUUAACCGGCGAACCCGGAGACUUAUUACCAUUAAUGUCAACCCUCUGAAUCCUAUCUCUCAGGUAUGAUGCAAUAAGAUCCAGAUCAGUAUCUCUAAAUCCAUAGUGGUGGAGUUUCCUGAGUAAUGUUUCAUGAAAAACGCAAUCAAAAGCCUUGGACAAGUCGCAAAACACACCUAGAGCGUCCUGCGAGUUCUCCCAGGCGUCAAAAAUUUGUUGUAUAAGUUCAACACCGGCAUCGGUUGUUGAACGACCCCGUGUAAAACCAAAUUGUUUACAGUGAAGUAUAUUAUAUUUAUUAAAAUGUGAUUGCAUUUGAUCUAACAUGAUUUUUUCAAAAAUUUUACUAAAGGUGGGUAGUACAGAAAUUGGUCUAAAGUUUGUGGGGUCUGAUGUACUUCCCGUUUUAUGCAAAGGGGUAAUUUUACUGUAUUUCAUGAGGUCAGGAAAAACACCACAGUCAACACAAUCAUUAAAUAUGCAAGCUAGAAUAGGAGCUAUUGUCUCAAUUACCGAUUUAGAAACAUCAACGGAAUUGCCCCACAGAUCCGCGGUUUUCUUUUUAUUUAAUUGGUGAAACGUUUUUAUUACAUCUUUAAAGUCAACAUGUUUAAAAUGAAAAUAACUAGUACAAGGUUUCACGUUUUCUCUUAAGAUUGAUUCGGCAGCAAUGGGGGAAGAGUUCAAAGAUUUCGUAGUUGAAACUGGAAUAUCAGUAAAGAAAUUUUCAAACACCUUAGCAACCUCAAUAUCUGAUGUAACCUUUUUAUUAUCAAUAUUUAGGUUAUAAUUAUUUUUGCGAGUUUUGCAUUUUCCAGUUUCAUUGUUUAUAAUAUUCCAUGUCAUUUUGAUUUUGUCAUUACUGUUCUUAAUCUUUGAACUUAAGUAAUUUGAUUUUGCUAAGCGGCAUACUUUUUUAAACAAUUUGGAAUAGUCACGAACAUGCUCUUUAAAUUUUACACUAGUGUUAGAGUUUCGUUCAUUAUAAAGUUCAUAAAGUGUUCUUCUACUUUUAUGAAUUCCAGGCGUAGCCCACUUACUAAAAUUUACCGCAUCAUUAACACAUAUUUUUUUGGGUACAAAAACAUUAUUAAAUUCAUCGCAAUAUAUAUUAAAAAAAUCAUUAUAUAAAUCAUUUGGACUGUCUUUAUAUUUAAGAUAACACAAUUUUCUAUCUAAUUGAUUUUUAAAACGUUCCACACGAUUAGCAGUUUUUGGUAUAACAGUGAUGUGUUUUUUCGUCACCUGCUUGAGCUGAUACGGAAAUGUAAUCAACUGGCCACAAUGAUCACUAUCUAGUUUAUUAAUAAUUUGUUUUUUCUGUGGUAUAAUAUCUGUAUAUAUAUUAUCAAUACAAGUGGCCGAAGUGGCAGCUAUUCUAGUAGGCUCAAUGAAUAAGUUUUUCAGAUUGUAUGAUUGAAAUAAAUUUUUUAUUUUAGUACACGAACUAGAUUUUUCUAAUAAAUCAAUAUUAAAGUCACCACAGACAAUCAACCGUUUGCCUGUAGUGUAUGUUUUUUUAAGAGCUUCAUCCAUGAUAACUUCAAAACAAUCAUACAAUGCUGAUGGAGGUCUGUAUACGCUCAAUACAACAAGCUGGUCCAGUUCCACACAGGCAAUUUCUAUUGUUCGCUCAACCGAGAGGCUCACAAUAUCUCUUCGUUCCUUAAAUUUUAGUUUUUUAUUCAAUAAUAUUAAAGAGCCACCUCGAAUUGCAUUUUCUCGAUUGAACGAACUACCAACCUGAUGAUUAUUAAAAUUAAAUAUAUUUUGAUAACUUUUUAGCCAGUGCUCUGUAAUACAAAAAAUAUCUAUAUUAUUACAAUUCAUAAAUAAUUCAAUUUCCAAGUCCUUACCCAUCAUUCCUUGAAUAUUAAGAUGCACCAGGUUGAUAAAACUUACAUUUUUUGCAAUGUUUUUGGAUGGGUUUUUUUUAUCUAUAUUAACAAAAUUGUAUUUUUUAUUUACAUUAUUAUUUAACAAUAUGCAAGACGAAUUAUCUUUUGUCUGAUUGCUUAACUAACUUUUGAGUUUUUUUAAUAUAUCUAUUAAUUUUUACAUAUUUCUUUAAUUUGUUCCUGUUACAUCCAACAACCCCCAAUUUGUUAUUUCUACUGUCAUUACAAGUAAGAUCUAUUGUAACAAUUGGUUGGUUAUUGGUUGGCACAGAAACCAUCUCUGGCGCACUGACUACCAACUCCUCAAACAAGCUCCGAUUCAACGAGACAUUUUUAUUGUGUUUUGAUAUUUCUAAUAGUGAUAUUGUGUUUUUUGCGUCAUGUAGUUGCUUUUCCAAGAUGUGAAUACGCUGUAAUGCUUGGUCAUAUUCACUUCUACAUUGAUCAAAGCCAUCUACAAUGAACUGGAGCCUGUCCCGAGCUUCAAUAGUAUCAAUACACUGUUUGUGCAGUUCUGCCAUUUCGCUCUUUAACUUUUGAUUUUUAUCUAAAAUUUCUAUUAAUUCCCUCUCAUUGUCAUCCCGUUCCUUAUGUAGUUGGUCGCAUAAAUCCUUAGAGGCUUUGAGUUCUCUCAAAGUCAGUUGAAAUUUAGACUCCUCCUGACGGGACAGAGCCUUACGAGUCAUCAUAUUUAUAUAUUAACGAUAUUAUCUUAGUUUAACUUGAAUGAAUGUAUGUUUUUUUAAAAACAACAGGACUUAUUUAACCAACAAUACCAAGGUUAUGUAGGUAUUUUAUAAAAAAAAAAAUGCCGAAGUUUUUAACUAUUUGAUGCUUUACACACUUUAUUGUUAUAGAAUAAAGUAAUAGUCAAGGUAACUUGUAAAAAUAACUUACUGGAAUUAUGAAAAUAUCUUGGAAACAGAUGACAAUGACUCACAAUAAAGCCGGUAAAUGUCACAGUACGUUUUUAAGUAAUUUCACUCACUUUACAAUCGUUUUUAUAUAUUAACACUUAGUUAUUAAUCAUUAUUUAAUGUUCUUAUUGGUUUAAGAGCACAAUUAUUAAGAUUUAUUAUUUAAAUUAAAUAAAACUAUUGGGACAAUUCAAAAACAGCUGUUGCGCCAGUGUUGCCAGAGGAGGAAAAAAAAAAAAAAAAACAUAUUACGUUUUAAAAACUUCUUUAACUUAAUUAAACAGCUGCAAUUUUUUCAAUAACUUGACUGUGUCCAAGUUGACAAAAACAAAUAUCUUGAUCAGACAGUGUCCAAAUAUAUUUUGUCCGAAUCGUCAACAAUUUAGUUUUACUGGCACAUUAAUUUUAUUUGAUUUAACUAAAACUAAUUCUGUCAUAGAGGCAUAUGUAUAGACUAAAUGGUUAGAUGAUAUAGUUUAAUCACUUCUAAUAGUAACUUUAUAGGUGCAAGUUACAUUCAUAUGAAAGUCUAUACUAUACUAUUAUAAACUUAAAUUGAAUACUGAACACAAAAUGGUAUUACAAUAUAAAAAAAAAAAUGAUUCUACAAAGAUAAUACAGUAGAAAAGAAACAACAGUUUGCUGUAUUUUAUACUUUUCAAUAUACCAAUUUAUAACAAUUGUAUAAUUGUCGAGGAUGCAAUUAAGUAUUUUAUCAGAAGUCUGUGAAUAAUGCUUUUACUUACAAAAUUUCUAUAUAUGUGGAAAAAGAAGAUAUCUAUAUCUUUGCAACAAAGUGGUGACAAGUUCUACUAUCAGCAGAGGUAAUAAUAAGUAGUUCUGAAGAUGUUUAUGUUGUUUGUGAAUAUGAGUUUAAAAAAUCCACAUUACUGUUGGUUGUACCUUUGGUAAUCUAUUGAUAUCUACCUGAACAACCCAAAAAAUAUAAUUUAUAAUUAACUAAAAUGAGUGAGAUGAGCCUCACUAUUAAUAUGAUCUUCCAAACUCUUUGUAUUGCAAUUAAUUUCUUGGUGGCAUCUAUUACAAUAAGCGUUAUUGUCAAAUUCGUUUGCCAGGAAACUUUUAAUGGUAAUAUCUUGUUCUUCUAUUAAAUCCUCUAUAGAGGAGAACCAAAACAUGUGCUGUUCGUCAUCAUCAAUGUGUUCCAGAAUGCUUUGAGGUGAAUUGUCAAUAAAUGUAUUGCAAAUUUUACACCACACCUCAUCAUCAUUCUCAACAGGAAAAAUACCAUUCAGGGGUUUCAAAUGCUCCGUUAUAUUAGUUCUGUGGUUUAUACCAUUCACGUGUGACUCAAUAUUUUGCAAAGUGCAUUGAAAGGGGGAAUGACAAACUUCGCAGUAUGCGUCUUCUUUUUCAGAAGUCAGAUAUGGCUCGAUUGAGAUGAACUCACCAUCUAUAAGAUCUUCCAUAGCAACGAUCCAGUUAGAAUGGCUGUCACCGUCGAUAUGUUGCAUCAUGGAAUCCUCUAACGACAGUUCCAAUUUGCAAGGUUUGCAAUAAAGUAUGUUAUUCUUGAAAGUGAUACCAUUUUCAGUCAUGAGCUCGACGUUUUCCUUGUGCCUUGCGCCGUUUGUGUGCUGUUCGAUACACUUAUUCGCCUUAGGUAUAUGGACUCCGCAGAAUAGGCAGCGGACUCGUGUUUUCGAACUUGCAACUAUCCCGUAAAGGAAACCCGUUUUCAUUAUAAAGUUUUUAUGUUUAAAUCGGCUUUAGUGUUUAAAAAGGGAAUCAGACGGAAUCGAGAGUUAAUAGUUAUUUUAUUUAAGUUGACCACUCGUAAUUUCUCGAAAUUUAUUUUUACGACAAUGACA